AUGCUGCAGGCUUUCUCGGUGAAUUUGGGCGGCGGUUCGAUCACCCAUGCAGAACUUGCCGGCAUUGAACAAGGCCUGCGUCUCGCCUGGGAGAUGGGGAUCAGGAAGCUUGCAGUUCAGACUGAUUCGGCGACAGCUAUCUCUUUAAUUCAGGAAGACCCUUCGAGCCAUCCUCACCGUAUGCUUGUGAAGUCCAUCCGACGGUCCCUAUCCCUAGAGUGGGAGGUUACUAUCGAUCAUGUUUUUCGGGAGGGUAACUUUGUAGCCGAUUUUCUGGCUUCCCGGGGUCAUGCUCUCCCUGUCGGUUUACAUGUGGUUGAUGUUCCUGACCCGAUCCUGGGUUAUUGGUUGUACUACGAUACUAUUGGGGUUCAAACCCCUCGUUCGAUCAUUAAUUAA